GCUGGUGUGCUCGACGCCAGUAUAAAUUUGGUGUACCCGGCGGCAUAAGCUGCAGCAACGCAAACGCAAGCAGCUGCUAGCAUAGGUUACAACAUACAAGUGCAGCACGCGAGUGCAGACAGCUAGAGAAAGUCCAAGAUGCCUGCUGGAAGAAGCGCGCCGGCAAGGGGUGCAGCAGUGGCAGCAAUGCUGCUGCUGACUAUGCUUGCACGGCUACCAUGCCUAGAAGCCCAAAGCUCGCGCCGACCUACUGUCCUCACUGUAGACAUGACAGGCAAGGGAGAUUACAGAACCAUACAGGAGGCGAUCGACGCCAUUCCUGCCGCCGCAAACAACUCGACCAGCGCGGCCAUCGUCACGAUCAACGUCAACCCUGGGAUAUACACGGAGAAGGUCGUUGUCAACAAGGCUGGAGUCUCUCUAGUCGGGAGGAGCGCCACCUCAACCAUAGUUACCUGGAGUGGACCCUGGAACCAGAACCACCAGUCUGAGUUUGCUCUCUACGUACAGGCAACCGACUUUGUCGCCAAGGGCUUAACAUUUCAGAACACGUUAGGGAGUAAGGAUAAUGGCCCGGCGGUGGCUGCUAAAGUUGACGCCGACAAGGCGGCGUUCUAUGACUGUAGAUUCCUAUCGUAUCAGGACACCUUGCUGGAUGCAACAGGGCGCCACUACUAUCGUGGGUGCUACAUAGAAGGCGCCACUGAUUUUAUAUUCGGCACAGGAAAAGCCUUUUUUGAGAGCUGCCACUUGCACUCUACCUCGGACGCCAAAGGAGCAUUCACAGCGCAGAGGCGGUCCACGGAGUCGGAGAACGCCGGUUUCAGUUUUUUUAGGUGCGAGUCGACCGGCACAGGAGUCGCCACGGCUAUCCUAGGGCGGCCAUGGGGCCCUUACGCCCGGGUCGUGUUUGCCCUCUGCAACAUGUCUAACACGGUGGCGCCCGAGGGCUGGAACAACUGGGACAACACGGCGAAUGAAAAGACGGCGUUCUUUGGACAAUUUCAGUGCUACGGCCAGGGAUCCGGAACACAAGGCCGUGUUACGUGGGCGCACAACAACCUCUCUCCAAAUGAAGCUGCGCCUUUCCUCACCAAUGCUUGGGUUGAUGGCCAAGAUUGGCUUCGUCCGCAGUAGAACAAAUUUGUCCCAUGAUCAGAUAUCUCGUCAUCGGUCAAUUGAACUUCUUAGGACUGGUUUGGCGGCAAUAGGGAAAAAACCUAUGGAAAAAUCCGCCAAGGGAAUUUAAAUGACACUUCAAUUUACUGAGAGGAUUUCCCCCACUAGGGUAUAAUUUCCUGCCACCCUUUGGCAACCAAGGGUUUAGUCCAAAGCUGUUUUAUUCCCAAAACAUAGCAAGCAGCAACUGUAUACUACUAUAUUGGAUGAGAACUUUAUCCAUCAUCAGAAAAUGGUUCAUCCA